AUGGCAUUGAUUGGAAGAAAUGAGGAAUAUGAAAAAUUCAAAAGAACCUGGAAAGGUUUAAAUGAGCUGGUGCUGACCAAUGUAAGCAAAUCCAGGUCCAGCAGGUGGCGUCCACCUCCUCCGCUGUUCCCGGCCGCCCGCUCUGAGGCCCAGAAGGCCGGGACUGACUGCGAGACUGGAGGGUCGAGUACGACUGUGGGCACGCGGCUGCCCGUACACUUAGCACGCUGCCCGGGGCGUUCCACAGACCGAACGUGGGCCCGGGGCGUUCCACAGACAGUGCGUGGGCCCGGAGCGUUCCAUAGACAGGACGUGGGCCCGGAGCGUUCCAUAGACCGAGCGUGGGCCCGGGACGUUCCACAGACCGUGCGUUGGCACGGGACGCUCUCGGGCGGGGCUGCCUUGACUGGACAGGCACGCGGGAAGGAAGCAGAGGAGAGAGGGAAAGUGAGCGUGCGCACAGCUUGGGAGGAGCGGCGGGAGGAGGAAAGAAGGAAGGGAGACGAGAGUUCAGAGGGUACCGGAGGCGGGGACGGUGGCAGACGUGUAACCAUGACUAUUGACUGGAUUGGUUUUGGAUAUGCUAGCAUAAUAGCAUGUGGAGGCAUUUUGGGAUAUCAUCGCAAAGGAAGCAUUGUUUCUUUGGUUGCUGGUCUUUUCUUUGGCUUAUUGGCGGGUUAUGGAGCUUACCGUAUCUCCUGUGACUCCAGAGAUGUCAAAAUGUCACUAUUCACUACCUUUUUUCUGGCCAUUAUGAUGGGCAUGAGGUUCAAGAGGUCCAAGAAACUAAUGCCAGCAGGAAUUGUGGCUGGCCUCAGCCUCUUGAUGAUUUUGAGACUCGUCCUGAUGCUUGUAUAAGAAUCAUCAGCUACCAAGGACAUAAUUCUCAUCUCUCCACCACAGCAGACUAAAUAUAUGCUUUAUACUUGAAAGAUAAGUUUCAACAAGAAAUUUCAAGCAUCUGUAAGGAAAAAAAUAACACCUAACAAACUGACACUUCUCAUAUUAGCUUUUGUUUGCAAGCUUUUUUAUGCCAAAAUUUUUUUUCAACUGUUUUCCGGUUGGUAAACAUUGUUUCCUAAAAGGUACUUAAUGAAUCAUUCCUCAUUAACUCUUAUUUCCCCAUCUUUUAUUUUUCAGUUUAGAAGGUAUAUAGUUAUUGUCCACCAUCAUAAAAAUUUUAAAAGUCUUUUAUAUUUGUUUACCAAAAAUUUCAAACACUGAUGUCAUCAAACUAAAGUUUACAUAACAGUAAAACUUGUCUGAUAAUAAGAUGCCUUAUAUGAUAUUUGACUAAAAUACUAACCAGUUGUCCUAGUCUUUCUUUGUCUUACAAACUGCAUAGGAAGUACUUAUUUUUGACCUGAACUUAAAAUUUUCUUCCACCCUCUGCAGACACUGGAUAUAGGAACAGAGUGUAACUAAUAUUCAAAUAAAAGUUCUAUUUUAAA